GAGACAGAGCGUGAUCUACGCGGACCAUGGCGUUGCACAGCUCUGUGUUUGUGUGACAGGUUAGCAUCUGAAGAACACCUCCGGACACACGCGGCGCAGGAAUUAGGAUGGGGUCCAGAAUCAAGGAGAAUCCUGAGUCGACCUUUGAGGUGUUUCUGGAGGUGGCCCAUCCAGGCACACACAGCUCUGUGCCGGAGGUGCGGAGACAAUACCCUGAAGACUACACAGACCAGGAAACUCUUCUGACGGUGCCCAGGUUCUGCUUCCCCUUCAGCAUGGACAGUCUGACAGUGAGCCAGGUGGGACAGAACUUCACAUUUGUGCUGACGGACAUAGAGAGCAAACAGAGAUUUGGCUUCUGUCGCCUCUCCUCAGGGGCCCAAACCUGCUACUGCAUUCUCAGCUACCUGCCGUGGUUUGAAGUCUUCUACAAGCUGCUGAAUAUCGUCGCAGAUUACACCAUCAAAGGCCAGGAGAGCCAAUGGCAGGAGUUCCUGGUGUCUCUACAUACGCUCCCCAUCCCAGAGCCUGGGGUCCCUGUUCAUCUCGGUGUGCAUUCCUUCUUCACUGUGCCUGACGCGAGGGAACUCCCCAGCAUACCUGAGAAUAGAAACCUAACAGAGUACUUUGUAGCAGUAGAUGUCAAUAACAUGCUUCAUCUGUACGCUAGUAUGCUUUAUGAACGCCGAAUCCUCAUCUGCUGUAGCAAACUAAGCACUUUAACAGCGUGUGUCCAUGGGUCGACGGCCAUGUUGUUUCCAAUGCACUGGCAGCAUGUUUACAUCCCUGUCCUGCCGCCACAUCUCUUGGACUACUGCUGUGCCCCAAUGCCCUACCUCAUCGGAGUCCAUUCCAGCCUGAUGGAGAAAGUCCGAGGGCUGGCUCUGGAUGAUGUGGUGAUCCUGAACGUGGACACAAACACCCUGGAAACCCCCUACGAUGACCUCCAAAGCCUGCCCAAUGAUGUGGUGUCAUCUUUAAAGAGCCGGUUGAGGAAGGUCUCAACGACCACAGGUGACGGCGUGGCUCGAGCGUUCCUCAGGAGUCAGGCGGCUCUGUUCGGGAGCUACAGAGACGCCCUGCACAUCCAGCCGGAAGAGCAAAUAACAUUUAACGAGGAAACCUUUGUGAGCCAUCGUUCCAGUGCCAUGAGACAGUUCCUGCAGAAUGCCAUCCAGCUGCAGCUCUUCAAACAGUUUAUUGACGGCCGGUUGGACCUGCUGAACUCAGGAGAAGGUUUCAGUGACAUCUUUGAGGAGGAAAUCAGCCUGGGUGAAUACGCAGGAAGUGACAAGACCUACCACCAGUGGCUGUUCACUGUGAAGAAAGGAGGCGGAGCUAUCUUCAACACAGUGAAGACGAGGGCCAACCCUGCCAUGAAGACCGUUUAUAAGUUUGCGAAGGACCACGCCAAAAUGCGUAUAAAGGAGGUGAAGAGCAGGCUGAAGCAGAAGGAGCAGGCAGAGAACGGCUUCUCCACAGUGGGGUCAGUGGUGAUCGAUGACGAGAGCCCGGCAGUCAAGAGGGAGGGGCCGAUGAGCUCACUGGACGACCAGAAGCCAAUCACGGUGCAUUUUGGGCAGGCUCGGCCAACGAUGAUGUUGAAGAGGCCGAGCAGCAACGUGAGUCUGGAGAGCGGCGGGGACCACUCUCUCCGUCCUACCCGUCACUACACAGUCUUUCUCUCCGAGGAUUCGUCCGGAGACGAGCUCCAGUACGACGAAGACUCCAUCUCUGGCUUUCCUGACAGCUUUCUCUUCUCCGUCCCUUUCGAGUGGUCGCCUCUGCCUCAGCCGUACCGCUCCCUGAAGGAGGCCGAGUUGUUAGAAGGAGCAGAGAGUCACACCGCCCCCCCCAGCCCAGUUAAUGAGAAGUUCUCCAACGUCACCCUGCUGGGAGAUAUCUUCGGCUGCCAGGACGAGCCCGACAUCCAACACAUCACUUUAGCCAAAAGUCUGGAGGACCUGAGGACUCCCAAAGACUCUGAGGAGCUGCAACAAGCCAAGUUCACCUACCAGCGGAUGGACCUGAGUGUGGGCGAACACUCCCGAACUCUUCCAGGUCUCAAACUCUCCAACCCUUACAACAAGCUGUGGAGUGUGGAGCAGGACGUCUGCGUGCCCCCCCUCUCCGACAGACCUCCAUCCGUCCAACUUCCCUCGCAGAUGGAAAUCCACUCUCUUAGCCCGAGUCCAUGCCUUGACACCUUGGAUCCUUCCACCUCCGGGAACAUCACCAUCCCUCGUCCUCAAGGUCGAAAAACGCCAGAGCUCGGUGGUGUGUUAGCGCCCCCUGCGACGCAAAUACGCUCCAAACCAGCAGAAGGAGGUGAAGGAGGGACGUCUUCUUCAGGAGGGCAGGAGUUCAGGCAGGCCCUGAGCAUGAGCACCGAUGGAGACCUGAUGAAGUCCUCCGUGGACAGCAUAGAUCUGAUGAGCCUUCUGGACCCCCUCAUCAGCAGCUCAGCACCCAGCCCCCCCUCUUCCAGCAAACCAACACUACCACCCAGGUCUUACCCUCAGGGCUUGCCUCCAUUCCCGAUGCACCCUCACAUGUCCCUCAACCCUUUCUCCCACUCUCUGCAGAACACACAGAUACGUUUCCCACUCACUGUAGGAGGGAAUCCAUUCAACGCAGCCUACGGGCAUCAAGCAGGCUCUUACUUACACACUCAGCCCCAGUCCUUUUCUACACUACCAGGACUGUACAGACAGAAUUCCCCCAGCUAUGGACUGCAGCACUCAGCCUUCCCUUCCUCUCGGCCGCUUUUCUCUGCCAGCAAUCACGCUCUGUCCAGUUUAGCCGACUCUUCUGUCCCCAGUGCAGCCAUGAACUUACAGGAGAAGCCGCUCUGUGCUGAUUCAGACUCCCAGAAGACUCAGGAUCUGUUCGGGGAUCUGCUGACUAUGCCCAAGCCAGAUAAACCCCCCAAAAAGAAGGUGGAAGAUCUUCGGAGGAGGUGGGAAACAUUUGAUUGAAUAUGUACUGAGUCACUACCUAAACUCUCCUCACUACUGACUCCAGACCUUCUAUUGCGUUCAGCUCUAAAACAUGCAACACUUACACUGUUUUUGUAAACAUUAUCUUUAUCGUGUCGCAUCAUUUCUCUGCACGCUAACAUUGAAGGUUCUUUGUUGGCUUUAUUCAAACUCGGAUGAAAUGACUCAACCACUUCCAGUUCUCUUGUCGUUUCCCUUCAACACCUUUUUGCUUGGAUGUCUAAAAUAAGGUCUGUGGUUAACACAAGUGUAAUGUUUGAUUCUAGGAGAUCAAAUACAUCAGAAAACACCCCACUGGUGAAUGUCAGACGCCUCCAUGUGUCGUAAACAUAAUAUAAACAGUGGUUGCCAACAAGUGACUAAAUGAGAUGAUUUAAUGUCAUCAUCAUGCAGAACAUUAGCCGCCUUUAGCUUAGCGUGGUGACCUUAAGCCUAACAUUAGUUCUGUACUUCUGCCGACUGCAUUUAUGCUUCAACAAUCAUAGAAGUAGUUUAAAUAUGUGGAGGUUUUCCUGCUGAACAAAACAUGUAGGUAUUAUAAACGUGUGUUUGCCACAGAGCUUAUUUUCUUUCCAAAACACAUUGGAAAGAUCCCAUUGCUUUUCGUGAAGGGAAACGGGGAGAUGCUAACUUCAGGGUCUGCCUCCAAAAAUACAUCACUACACCACUCUAUUACCGCCAUGAGCCACAAAUCAAGACUGAAAUCUCAAAGAGCUUUUAUUACCAAAACACAGUUUAUAAGUGGAACAUGAAUUCACAUCCACACAUAUUUAUUUAUGACUUUUGUUGUACGCUUUUUCAACGUGAUUUUCGACUUUUGUUGUGUGUCAAACUAUCCGAGUUAAAGAACCAGUUACUGCGACAGAAGGUCCUGAUUCAGUAUGUGGGACCCCUACAUACACACACACACACACACGCACGCACACACACACGCACACACACACA